AUGGCGCGCAAAGCCGCGCUGCUCAUCGGUACGCUCGGCAUGUCGUACGCUGCAGUACCGAUGUAUAAAGCUUAUUGUCGCACAACUGGCUUCGGUGGAACACCCGUGACGGAUGCUGAGCGAUUCACGCCAGAUCGUAUGACAGCGCUGAGUGAACAGCAAGCGAAACGGAUAAGAGUCACUUUUACAUCACAAGUUUCAGAUAGUCUACAGUGGAAGUUUACACCGCAACAACGACAAGUCACGGUAUUGCCUGGUGAAACGGCAUUGGCGUUUUACACGGCAACGAAUCUAUCGGAUGAGGAUAUCAUUGGCAUUGCAACAUACAAUGUAACACCUGAUAUUGCUGCACCGUAUUUCAGCAAGGUGCAGUGUUUUUGCUUUGACGAGCAAAAACUCAAUGCAAAGGAGACGGUGGAUAUGCCAGUCUUUUUCUUUAUUGAUCCGGAUGUUGUGGAUGAUCCACGUAUGAAGGAAGUGGACCUCAUUACACUGUCUUACACAUUCUUCAAGGCGCGGUAUGAUGCAAAGGGUAACGUCACCACACACGAGUGGAUCUCACCAUACUAGUCGAAACGGCUUGCUUCGAAGCUUUUUUCGGGGUUUUUUCGAAAAAGCAUUGCGCUGGCCAGCCUGUCUGGUCUUGUGGUAGGCUUGCUACGGCAAUCCUUACUACAAAUACGCUGGGG